UAGGACUGUGAAUAAGGGCCCCAUGGUCUGGGUACCAAGGGAAAGAUGCCAACUUUUCUCAUAGUGUGGCAGCCAAGCCUUUUGGGAGGGAAUAAAGAAAUGCCGAAGGGGUAAGUGGCCCCGUCUUUUAAAAAAUUAUACCUGGUAACCUGGUUGCGAAUGCUUACCUAAUGCUGUUUCAGUGUUCCUGGUGGGUUCUUGGUGCGUCUGAUUUUUCUGUCUUUUCUUAUCAGAGUACAAGAGAAUGGAGGAGGCAAUGUGUUGGCCUCAAUACAAAAGAGAAAGAUUUGCUUUCUAUAAAAGGCACAGCCAGAGAGUCAGUAGCUCAGCCGCCUGAAACUGUGAAGGUCAUGGGGUUAUUUUCUGUACAAGUCGAUAGUUUUUAGAGAAAAAUCACCACAAUAUCUAACCCUGGCUGAGGGUCUGUUGUUUGUCACUAGAGAAACACGGAAAGCAUUUAUGCAAAACUAUCUAUGUUCUGUCUUUGCAUGGCGUGUUAGGGUUUGCCCUCUUUUGACCAGAAACACUGAAAUCUACCCUUGGUGCAUGUCCAGUCUCUCAUGGGGCAAAACUGAUCUCCUAGGCAUCUAUUUGGAAGCAAAGGUGUUGAGAAUCCGUACUGGUCUGAGUAACACUUACUCACAGUCUCGUGACCCUGUCCUGCAACGAACUGGUAUCCAGGUACCAUGUCAUGCUGUGCCGGCUCAACUGUGUGUCCACAUCUCAUUCUGGUUUUUCUCCCAGACCAACCUUGGUGACUCACAUUCCCUGGCUUGGGCGUGGGAAAGGGCAGAGCGGCCGAAGAGUCUGUCAUUAAGAGGGGCCCUGAGGGUUCUAGCCUGCUCUAGCCCCGUGAUGGCUGUGGACAUUGCGUGCAGGUACAGCUGCAUGGCCCCCUCCUUGCGCAGAGAGCGGUUUGCCUUCCAGAUCUCCCCGAAGCCAAGCAAACCCCUGAGGCCUUGUAUUCAGCUGAGUGGCAAGAAUGAAGCCAGUGGGACGGUGGCCCCGACUGUCCAGGAGAAGAAGGUGAAGAAGCGGGUGUCCUUUGCAGACAACCAAGGGCUGGCCCUGACAAUGGUCAAAGUGUUCUCUGAGUUUGAUGACCCGUUAGAUAUUCCACUGAACAUCACCGAGCUCCUGGACAGCAUUGUGAGUCUGACAACAGCGGAGAGCGAGAGCUUUGUGCUGGAUUUCUCGCAGCCCUCUGCAGACUACCUGGACUUCAGAAAUCGGCUUCGGACCGACCACGUCUGCCUGGAGAACUGCGUCUUGAAGGACAGAGCCAUUGCAGGCACGGUGAAGGUGCAGAACCUCGCAUUCGAGAAGACGGUGAAAGUCAGAAUGACAUUCGACACCUGGAAGAGCUUCACAGACUUUCCCUGUUGGUACGUGAAGGACACGUACGCAGGUUCAGACAAGGACACGUUCUCCUUUGAAAUCAGCUUGCCUGAAAAAAUUCAGUCUUAUGAGAGGAUGGAGUUUGCCGUGUGCUAUGAGUGCAAAGGACAGACGUACUGGGACAGCAAUAAGGGCAAAAACUAUAGGAUCAUCCGGGCAGAGUUGAAAUCCACCCAGGGAACAGCCCAGCCACCAAAUGGACCAGAUUUUGGAAUAGCCUUUGACCAGUUUGGAAGCCCUCGGUGUUCCUAUGGUCUGUUUCCAGAGUGGCCUAGUUAUUUAGGAUACGAGAAGCUCGGGCCCUACUAUUAGUGACGGCCUGGGAUGGAGCCGGGCUGAGUGGGUGCAGCCGAGCCGAGCUGCAUCACCCCAGGAUGGGGAUGGAAGCCCAGAGAAAAGCUGAACUGCCAUCAGGCACAGUUUUCGAAAAGAAAGGAUCCUAGUCACUUUUUUUCUUCAAGCAGCCAAGCCAGCCAGGCUUAGAUCACAGAACCGGGUCACACUCAGAGGAGAUGGGUGUGCGGUCUGUUUGGCACCCACAUGGUGGCAAUGAGGGUCUGAGCAGGAUGGUGCUGGAAACAGUCUGGACAGGACCCAGGCCUGCAGGCAGCGCUGGCCAGGCCGCAGGACGGUGGCUCAGUGACGAGGAGCCCCUCUCCCCUCGGGUGUGGGAAGUCAGUCCCCUGGAAAGCCCCCGGCCCCCUCUUCUUGCGGUCUUCCCCGCCCACCCAGGGCCUCCCCGCCUGUUGCAGCUGCCCCGUGUCUACGUGGGCUUCACACUUUAUCUCUGUGCGUUUGAUUUUCUUCUGCAGUUCAGGAAAAGAUAAUAAAGGCAGAUCAGCUCAUGACGGAGACAGGCAUUUCCUUUUUCUGACCCCCACUUAGAUAUCCCAGCAGGGGACGACACACCAGCUAUGAAAAGUCAACCGGCUCCUGUGCGGUGUCACCACCCAUGGCAGGCUGAUGCCAGGCAGGACAGUGGGACACUUUUAGCUCCUCAGGAGUGGGACACUUUUAGCUCCUCCUCUUGGCGCUGGGGGGAGCUUUCUAAGCACUCACUCUCACCCUGAGUCACCCGAGGGCUCAAUUACAAGACUUGCUGUAACUUGCCAAGCUGGUUUGCGCGUGUGUCUUUCUUCACAGAAGGAUUUUAGGAUCUCUUUUCCUGGAGAGUCAUCUUUUACGCUGUGCUCAGGACGUUUGGAUUUGCAGAUUAAGUGUAUCCUCGGCACCUUCAGGAAGUGCUUGGUUGUAUUUUGACUGUGAUUUACAACAUCCACGUUGUAAACAGCACCUUACAAGCCCCCACAGACUUUGAUUUGGUUGUUCUUACCUAUGGUGUGUGGGUACGUAAAGGGAUAGGGGAGAAGAACCUCACCGAGUUCUCAGAUGUCGUUUUCGCUGUUUGCCAACUCUGAAAUAUCAGAGAUUAUUUGUUCUUAACCACAUUGGACUAAAGCAUUAAAAGUCUGUUGGUUCA